AUGCAGCUAACGGAGCUAGAAGUCAGCCUGAAGAAGGCAAUGGCCAGCGUGGGCAAUGCAGGGCUGUUUGGAGGCAGCGGGUCGGUAGAGCUGGCUGGAGAAGCUUUCAGAGACUUGCAACUCCUGGCCCAGGCUCAUGGACGUGUGUUCACCGUGUGGGUAGGCCUGACACCUGUCGUGGUGCUGAGCGGCUUCCAGGCGGUGAAGGAAGCAUUGGUCUCCAACUCAGAGCAGCUGUCUGGCAGGCCCCUCACCCCACUCUUCAGGGACCUGUUUGGAGAAAGAGGCAGGGCUGCACUUCCUGUUGGGGAUGGGGCGGCUGCUGGCUGCUGCACUCAGGGAGUAGUGCAGGCCAGCACUGUUAACAAAGAGGGCACUUCUGAGAGGAUCAAUGUCCCUGUGGAACUGACUCAAGCCAUCGACUUUGGCCUGGCCUUUGUCAGCACCGUGUGGCGCCGGGCCUCAGAUGACCCUGUCUCCACAUUCAAUGAGGAGAACCUGAUCCAGGUGGUGACUGACCUGUUUCUGGCUGGCACCGACACCACAGCCACCACCCUGCGCUGGGCACUCAUCUACAUGGUCCAGCACAGAGUCAUCCAGGACAGGGUGCAGCAGGAGCUGGAUGAGGUGCUGGGUGCUGCCUCUGCCAUCUGCUACCAAGACCGAGAACGCCUCCCCUACACCUGCGCUGUCCUCCACGAGGUACAGCGCCUCAGCAGCGUUGUGGCUGUGGGUGCCGUGCGCCAGUGUGUGACCUCCACCCAUGUGUGUGGCUACCCUGUACCCAAGGGCACCAUCAUCUUGCCCAACCUGGCCUCCGUGCUCUAUGACCCCGAGUGCUGGGCGACCCCUCGACAGUUCAACCCUGGCCACUUCCUGGACAAGGAUGGAAGCUUUGUGGUCAAUGAGGCCUUCCUGCCAUUCUCUGCAGGGCAUCGGAUGUGCCCCGGGGACCAGCUGGCUCGAAUGGAGCUCUUCCUGAUGUUUGCCACCCUCCUCAGGAACUUUCGGUUCCAACUGCCAGAAGGGAGCUCGGGGCUCAGGCUGGAGUACAUCUUUGGGGGCACCCUGCAGCCCCAGCCCCAGGAGAUCUGUGCAGUGCCCCGCCUGGGCAGCCCCAGCCCAGGUCCUCGGGCAGAGGGCCAAUAG